UGGAGCGCCUGGUCGGAGCCCGUGUCGCUGCUGACAGCCAGCGACCUGGACCCCCUCAUCCUGACGCUCUCUCUCAUCCUCGUGCUCAUCCUGCUGCUGCUGGCCGUGCUCGCCCUGCUCUCCCACCGCCGGGCUCUGAAGCAGAAGAUCUGGCCUGGCAUCCCGAGUCCCGAGAGUGAGUUUGAAGGCCUCUUCACCACCCACAAGGGUAACUUCCAGCUGUGGCUGUACCAGAACGAUGGCUGUCUGUGGUGGAGCCCCUGCACCCCCUUCACGGAAGACCCUUCUGCCCCCCUGGAAGUCCUCUCUGAGCGCUGCUGGGGGGAGACACAGGCAGUGGAGCCAGGGGCAGAUGGUGAGGGGCCCCAGCUGGAGCCAGUGGGCAUUGAGCAAGCCCAGGACACCUACCUUGUGCUGGACACAUGGCUGUUGCCCAGGAGCCCGCCCAGUGAGGGCCUCCUAGGGCCUGGUGGCUGUGUGGAUGCAGUGGCCAUGGAUGAGGGCACAGAAGCAUCCUCCUGCUCUUCGGCCUUGGCCUUGAAGCCCAACCCAGAGGGGACCUCUGCUGCCAGCUUUGAGUAUACCAUACUGGACCCCAGUUCUCAGCUCUUGCGCCCACGGGCACUGCCCCCUGAGCUGCCACCCACCCCUCCCCACCUAAAGUACCUGUACCUCGUGGUGUCUGACUCUGGCAUCUCAACUGACUACAGCUCAGGGGGCUCCCAGGAAGCCCAGGGGGGCUCAUCUGAUGGCCCCUACACCAACCCUUAUGAGAACAGUCUCAUCGCAGCCCCUGAGCCUCCACCCCCCAGCUAUGUGGCCUGCUCCUAGGACACCAGCCUGCAGAUACUCAGGGACUCAAUCUCAAGUGCCAGUGCAGGCCAAAGCCUUAUUAAACAGGAAUGAUGAGGCCUCCUUCAGGGCUGGGGGCGUUACUGACUUUGGCUAUCUUCUCAGCCCAUCUGGCUCAGGAAAUCAGAACCUUGCAGUAUUUUGAAAUAUGUACUGUUUCUUUUUGUAUAUAUUUGUAUAUAUGCA